GAAUCUGUACAGCAGUGUCCUUAAAUACAUCUGUUCACUCUGAUUUCAACCAAAGUACUAUCUUAUCGGAGGCAGAUCAGGCCACACUCUCCAGGGUAGGCAGCGUAACCAAAGGCGGCUUAUUCAGCGACCGCGACCGGACACGGCAGCGUGAACUGGGUCACGUGGAUCCCACUUCAUCACCAAAGUUUACUCACUCUUCAACGCAACUCACCGCAGUCGACCCGUCAAGUUGCCCACGAUUCGUCGAUUCACUUGCUGUCGAGCUUGAACAAACCAUACCGGAUUGCCAGCGCAUCUGUCCAGCCCCCUGAGCAAAUCGAGGCACAAUGUCUACACAGGUACACGCAGUCACCUCCAUCGACCUACAGAACCUCGAGAAGAUUGCGACCGGCAAGGUUCGCGAGCUGUACAAGCUCGAUGACGCCACUCUCCUCAUGGCGGUCACGGACCGCAUCUCAGCCUACGAUGUGGUCCUAGAGACCGGCAUCCCGGAAAAGGGCGCUGUCCUCUGCCAGAUCUCGGCGCACUGGUUCGAGGUGCUCGCCAAGGCCGUCCCCGAGCUCAAGCACCACGUGCUGUCCCUACAGCCGCCCAGCCAGGGUGUGUCGACCAUUGAGUUCGAGGCGCUCAAGGGUCGCUGCCUGCAGAUCCGCAAGCUCAAGGUCUUCCCCAUUGAGGCCAUUGUCCGGGGCUACCUCACGGGCAGCGCGUGGAAGGAGUACCAGACGUCCGGCACCGUGCACGGCGAGAAGCAGGCCGAGGGUCUCCGGCUGUCAUCAGCCUUCCCCGAGCCCAUCUUCACGCCGUCCACAAAGGCCGAGCAGGGCGACUCGGACGAGAACAUUUCGCGCGAGCGGGCGGCGGAGAUCAUUGGGGCCAAGUACGCCGAGAAGAUUGAGACGCUCGCGCUCAAGCUGUACACGGUGGCGCGGGACUAUGCGGCGGAGCGUGGGAUCAUUCUUGCGGACACCAAGUUUGAGUUUGGCCUGGACGAGGCGACGGACGAGGUCAUCCUCGUGGACGAGGUGCUGACGCCCGACUCCAGUCGCUUCUGGCCGGCGCCCGUCAAGGUCGGGGUGGACCAGCCGAGCUUUGACAAGCAGUUUGUGCGCGACUACCUGACGGAGAAUGGACUCAAGGGCAAGACGGGGGUGGAACUGCCGGCGACAGUCGUGGAGGAGACGCGGGCCAAGUACAAGGAGGUCUUUGAGAAGCUCACGGGCAAGUCGCUGGAGGAUACACUGGCCGCUCUGUAGAGUUGUUGUUGUUGUUUCUAAUAGAACGAGCUGAUCCACGACACCACUCAAGAGUGAGGGGAGAGGCUUGCGUGAACGAUGCUCUGACCAGUGGCCACUGACCCUCGUUCAUUGAGCUGUAUUAGCUGUAGUCUGUCUGUAUCAUCGCGAGGACAGUUGUUUCUCAUGUCGCGUAUUGCUGUCGCAUUAGUGUCUCAGGGCUAUUCAGCACCAAUCCCUUAACAGCGCUGGACGACCGCAAUACGGCGAGCUUGAUUCGCUCCUCGUCGUCUUCUAGCGGGGCGGAACGCCCUCCUCCCGGAUCUUGGCCCCCCCACUGGCGGCGGCCGACUCCUUCACC